AUGGCAAGAAAAUGUACUUCUAUUGAAGAAGUGCUUGAAUACGUUCUAGAUACGCAUGUUCUACAAUCUGUUUUAAGCCAGGAUGUUCUAAAUGGCAAAAUUCCUCUCAUUUACAAGCAAGUUAACAAGCUUACUAAAACUUCUCCGCUUGGAUAUGAGAAUGAUGUAUAUGUUUCUUUAACAAACGAACAAAAAGUUCAAAUUAUUAACCAAUUUGCCAAAAAUAAACAAUUUUCGGAUGAAGAAAAAGAAGUUUUAACAUCAAUUGUCGAUUGGACUCAAGAAGGUUCCGAUUCCUUCUUAAUUAAUUACCAUUGCGAAUGGGUUUCGUUGAAAAUCGCACGCCAAAAGCUCAGAAGUAUCAUUUUUAAACGAAAAAAUGCUUUAGCAGAAUUAGGCAAGCUUUCUUCGCAAGAAAAGAAGAAUUUCCAGAAUAUUCCAAUGUUAUUUUACAUUUCAAAGAUGUAUCAAGCCGAAAAUAUAGAUUUGGCUGAAGAAGUGAAUAUUUACGACCAAGCUACAACGCUCUGCCACUUAACUAAUCGUUUAACACCAAAAGAUUUCUCCAUCAUCAAUCUCUCAACGACAGGACUUGUUUUAUCAAGUGUAGAUUGUCUCUUUGAUGACGAUAAUUCAUAUCUGAGGAUAUUAAACGAAGAACAAGAAUGUUCCGUUGAAAUCAAGACAAGAUUCUACGUUGAACCUCAUAAAAUAGAUAUCUUCUGUGACCCCAAGAGAGAUCAUUCAUUUUAUACAAAAUUGGUCGGUACAGCUUACAAAUAUCUUCCCGAAAUCGAGCUCAGUACAUAUUGUGAUGAUGAAUUGGUAUCGAAACAGAUAGCUAAGUUCAGUUCUAGUGUUCUCAAAGAUUUCGAAAUCGAAGCAAAGUCAAAAGGCAUAAAUCGAAUUGUUUUAAAGGCAUUGGACAGCAAAUUGCCACAGGCUCUUAGAAUUAGGUAUAUUAACUUAAAAGGUGUAUUUGUUUUGUAA